GGUAGCUAUUAUCAAGCUGAGAUGGCGGGAAAAUUUAAAUCGCGUAUUGUUUAUCUAAUAUUUUCUGUUAUGUCACUUACAGCUGCACAUGAGGAUAAUGAUCGAACAGAAAAGAAGACAUGGUUUUCUCAUUAUGAAAUGGUAAAUGUUUUAGUGAAAAACAAACACUUUGUCGAUGACAGACAACAAGCCGAACUCGAUUUUAACACAUCUGAUGACAGAUAUCAUUUUGAUUUGGUUUUUCAAAUCCCAUCGUUUCUGGACAAAUCUUUACUAGUUAAUGUAAACGAUAAGUAUCAUGUUCCCUUAUCAAGUCUGGAUGAAGGAAUAAUGUUUUAUAAAGGUAAUAUGACGUCCAAUGCAUGUGAGACAGAGUACAUCAUUCACACCAAAGUUACGCGAGAGGGAUUGGAUGCAGUCAUUAUAUGUGACAAUCAAUUUUAUUAUUUAGAGCCUUCCUCAAGGUAUGAAACGAGUGGAAAAGAUAAAACCCAACAAUAUACAGCCAAAUCGUCUACAUAUUUACAAUUUCGGUGCAUAUUUUAUAAAUCAAGUGAUGUCCAAAUGGAUGUUAAUGGAGCAAGAAUUUAUUGGGAAGGGCGAACUAAUUUAACACAGAUCACUGAUGACAUUGAAGUAAUUUCAAACGGCAGAUAUAAACGGGAAACACGCAAUCCUUUACAAACUGAGUGCACACUUCAUGUGGUUGCCGAUUACAAAUUUUACACAAACACCGGCCAUUCUGACAUUCGGACAACGAUAGCAGAAAUGUCUUACAUCAUUUUACAAGCUAAUUUGAUUUUUCGAGGGACAGAUUUCGACGGGGACGGGUCAGGUGAUAACAUUGGAUUUUACAUUUCAGAUAUUUCUAUUUAUACCGAAUUUGAUACUUACAAAAUGGCGAAUGCAGCGAGCGUCGAGUCAUACCUAGAAAAGUUCUCCGAAUAUGAUUUUUCUGAUUAUUGCCUGGCAACAUCAUUUACAAGUCAAAAUUUUGCAGAUGGUGUUGUUGGAUUAGCUUGGGUAGGAAGUUCGAAUAUCCAUGGACCCGGAGGAAUCUGCCAACACCGCAUAGUAUAUAAGUCGAAGGGAAUGUACCUCAAUACUAACUUGAUAACUACCAUGAAUCGGGAUAGAAAGAUUCCCGCGUACCUAUCUUCUUUGAUUUUGGCUCAUGAAUUUGGUCAUAGUUUUGGCAGUCCACACGAUGACUUAAAUAAUGCUGUCUGCACUCCCGCAGGAGGUUACGGAAAUUACCUGAUGUAUCCAUACGCAUCUGAAGGUGGCAAACCCAACAAUAACAUUUUCUCACCAUGUAGUAUAAAUUAUAUGUACCCAGUUAUCAGAAAUAAAGGUACUUGUUUAAAGCAGACAGUUGCUUCACAAUGUGGCAAUGGUGUACGUGAGAAAAAUGAGGAGUGUGACUGUGGUACGACUGUCACGUGUGUUGCGGUUGAUCCCUGCUGUACCCCGAGUGAUGUGAGUGAUUCAGACCCCGACCACCCUUGUACAUUCCGUAGAUCACAUGGGAGUAGAUGUUCCCCAAAGUUAUCACUGUGUUGUACGGGAGACUGCAAAAUAGUAACUGCUAACAAAGUAUGUAAAGCUCAGUCAGACUGUACAGAGCAAUCGGUAUGUGACGGCAUGUCAAGUGUAUGUGCCACUGAAGUCAAACUUCCGGAUAAAUUGCCCUGUGCUAGUGGUACCAAAUCUUGUACAGGCGGACUGUGUGUAGGGAGUAUAUGUGCAACUAUCAACCAAAACCCAUGUUCGUGUUUAAAUGAAAAUACGUGUUACACGUGUUGCUUAAAUUCUCUAUCAAAAUGUGUACCGUAUAAAAAUGAUAAGAAUGAAAAACUGGCAUUAACAAGCGGAAUAUCAUGUAAUGCAAAACACGGAUUUUGUAACGGAAACGGUGAGUGCAUAUCAGUCGACGAGACUAGCACAAUGGACAGAUUUAAGCAAGUUUUUACACAUGAAGAAGUCGAUAGUGUAACCAACUGGUUGAAGAAUCAAUGGUACUAUAUCGUUAUUGCAGUGGUAGUAGUGUCAUUUUUAAUUUUAAUGUUCAUUAAAACAUGUCGUAAAGAUAGGACAGUUCAGACGAGUGCGUACAUGUACGGGAGACUGACGGGGAUUGAACGAGAAGCGGAACUUCAGAAGGUGUACCUUCAGAGACGGAGACUAGAAAUUAAGGAAAGAUAUAUUAAAAAGAUUGACGCAACAGAGAACUUCUCUUUUCAGAUAGAUUUCCCAACGGCUGUUGCAAGAAUGAUGGUAUUUUUCCCAACUGCGCCAAUGAAUGUGAUCGUAAGGAUACUUAAGUCAAGUUCUAGCGAAGAGUGGGCUGUAAGAUGGCUUCUUUUAAGGAACUAUCCGUUCAGACGGUUCUGCAAAAAUAUUGAUAAGAUAUAAACAUCAUUGACAUUAAUUAGUUUAUAGAAUAAAUAUAAUAUGUUGUAAAACGUUUUAAGUUAAAUACAUGCAUAAAUAUAUAAACCAAAAUGACGCAAAAUUCGUAUUUAUAUUGUUACAAAAUAAAUGAUGUUUCAACUUUAUUUUAUUCUAGGCACGCCUAUGUCACUAUAAAGAAGUCCGCACGGUAUUUGGCAUUUUACUGCUUUCUAAAGAAUUCAUGUCAUAUUAUGUAGAUCUAAAGUUGUUAUAUAUGGAAUGAUCAAUUCAAACACUAAAUAUGUGCACUGUAAAAUAUUUUAAAAGUGAAUUGGUCAUAAGGUCUGUUAUACCAUAAAUAAUUACAAAUUGUUCUGUAACAAAAAUUUUAUUAUUCAUCAUAAAUUACAUUGAACCCUAUUUUUCUCAUGAAUAUCAAAAUAUAUAUUUAUUGUUUUUAUCAAUACGCGAACUACUUAUUUAAGAUGUUCUCAUUGUAAGCCAAUUUGUACUUUUAAGAUAUUUGUUUUUGUAAAGAUAUCCAUGACAAAGAUUGUUCUUAUGUUUCAGUCGUAUAUGUGUUAUUCAAAUAUAAUUAUAUCUUGGAAGAGUACUUUACGUCUUCCCAGAUUAUAUUCAUUCAUUUAUUGUUAGACGUAUUAAAAACACCUUACAACAAAAUAUCUUACAGAGUUUCAAGUUUUUGAUGUCAUAAUUUUAGGAAAACAUUGCUUUUGUCACGGAGUCAAUUGUCAAUUCUUACAUCCAAUUAUUUCAAACUUGUUGGUAUUGAAAACUUGUGUUUAAGCAAACUUAAUAAAUUGAACAAAAACACAUGUACAUGUUUUUGAUUUUAUAAAGAGCUAACCACCAUUUAUUAACCGACCCGACCCCCUUUAAUAAAUAGUGCUUAGUUUAACUUUGAAUUUCACUCUAAAUUUUUAACAAUUUAAUCAGUUGUAUAUCUUAAUAAACAAAUUUCUCAAGCAACUAAAUCAAGUCCUUCACAAUGGCUCUGUCAGUCCCAAU